AAUGUGCGCAUGCGCACUCUCAACUGUGACGGCAUUGUAAACACGGAAGCGUUACAUGGUCAGAUCCUUUAUAAUCUUUCGGAAGCCACGUACAGAACAUUUCAUCAGAACCGAGUGAACUUGUAUGGUACCGACUCAUCAUUAUCGUGGUUUGUUCGCGAAAUGGUUGUGUUUCCCCCCGUGUUUUAAAGACGUCACCAAGCGAUUGUGCCCUACAUGUUAAAGAUGCCUGCACGCAGCGUUAUCUCCAACGCGGCACCGAGCAGUAAAGUCCAGUACUCCCGACUGGCCACCGAUGAUGAUGGAUACAUUGAUUUGCAGUUUAAAAGAGGUCCUCCUAAAGUGCCAUACAAAGCCAUUGCUCUGGCCACAGUCCUCUUCUUCAUUGGCACGCUGUUGAUCAUCAUUGGAGCUCUCCUCUUGGCUGGAUACUUCGGCGUCACACACUCGGAUCGCACAGUUCCUGUCCUCAUCAUCGGUAUUCUGGUCUUUCUGCCGGGAAUCUACCACCUUCGAAUAGCUUAUUAUGCGUCGAAAGGCUAUCCGGGCUACUCUUACGAUGAUAUCCCUGAUUUUGAUGAUUGAAUCUUUGAGGAAAGUUCACAUAAUUUAAAAGCAUCUUUUAAGAAUUUUUUAGCUGAUGUGGAGCUCCUUAGUAGCUUUAUAAUGCUGUAACACCAAACGCUAGCUUUAACUUGUAUAAUACGUUUUUUUUGUUUGGCGCAAUAAAUGUGUUAUUGCAACCUUA